AUGAUGAUGGUUCCCAGAGUAUUUUCUUUCCUUCAGUUUUCCACUCUCUUAUAUUUCUUCUUCAUAGUUACUUUUGCUUCCACUGAGGAAGCAACUGCUCUCCUCAAAUGGAAAGCAACUCUCCUAAACCAGAAUAAUUCCUUAUUGGAUUCUUGGACAUUAAGUACUGAUGCAUGCAGGGAUUGCAUGAACCAGCUCUUUGGUACCAUCCCACCAGAAAUUGGAAAGCUCACUAAUCUUGUUUAUCUUGACUUGUCGAUGAACAAUCUUGCUAGUUCAAUUCCCAAAUCUAUAGGCGACUUAACUGAGCUCAAAAUUCUUGAGUUGGGGAAUCUGAAAAACCUCACCGAUCUGGAUUUAUCCAAUAAUCAACUUAGUGAUUCAAUUCCAAUUACUCUAGGUGACUUAACUGAGCUCAAAUUUUUGUAUCUUCCUUCUAACCAACUUUCUGGUCUCAUUCCUAGUGAAUUGGGGAAUCUGAAAAACCUCACUGUACUGGAAUUAUCACAUAAUCAACUUAUUGGUUCAAUUCCAAUUACUCAAGGUGACUUAACUGAGCUCAAAAUUUUGUAUUUUUAUCCUUACCAACUUUCUGACUCCAUUCCUAGUGAGUUGGGGUAUCUGAAAAACCUCACUGAUUUGUCAUUAUCCAAUAAUCAACUUAGUGGUUCAAUUCCAAUUACUCUAUGUGACUUAACUAAGCUCAAAAUUUUGUAUUUUUAUUCUAACCAAGUUUAUGGCUCCAUUCCUAGUGAGUUGGGGAAUCUGAAAAACCUCGUUGAUCUGCAAUUAUCUAAUAAUCAACUUAGCGGUUCAAUUCCAAUUACUCUAGGUGACUUAACCGAGCUCAAAAUUUGUGAGUUGGGGAAUCUGAAAAAUCUCAUUAAUCUGGAUUUAUCCAAUAAUCAGCUUAGUGGUUCAAUUCCAAUUACUCUAGUUACUUUUGCUUCCACUGAGGAAGCAACUGCUCUCCUCAAAUGGAAAGAAACUUUCCUAAACCAGAAUAAUUCAUUAUUGGCUUCUUGCACAUUAAGUACUGAUGCAUGCAGGGACUUGAAUUGGCUAGAAAGUCCUUCCAAUGAUCAAGAGACCUCUCGGAUGGAAUCCAUGCUUGAAAAGAUAUUGGACAACCAGCUCAAAAGUGACAAGAAGAUGGAAAAUUUGACUGAGGUGGUAGGAUUUCACACCGCUUCGAUCCAUAAACUCGAGUCACAAAUGAGAGAUCUGUCUCGUGAACAACAUCCACCGCAAAGAGGAGGCCUUCCUAGCGACACAGUUCCGAACCCAAGGGGUAAUGGAGGCGAUCACAUUGCCUCAUGCAAAGCUAUUUCCACUAGAAGUGGAAACAUCCUUGAUGCGGUAAAAUAG